CUGAAGGGGGAAAGCUGUGAGUGUGUAUGUGCAAGACGGAGAGAGAGUGGGGGUGAGAGAAUGGGAGAGGGGAGAGAAAAAUGGACGUAAAAAAGAAAAAAGAAAGAAUGGAGGAGCCGCACUCGUCUGUGUGACACAUUACACACCGUUUGUCUGUCAGAGCUGAACUGGAAGUGAAAUCAGUUGCUGUUGUGGUGGUGUCUCACAUCUGCACUGGAGGAAUUCCCAAACAGACGAGUGUGGCUGAAUGUAUCACACGGAGCAGCAGUACUCUGGACGGUUCACUUGGGACUCCUCUGGUAGCUCCAAUAGGGCAUUAUGGGCUCCUGGCUCAAGCCGCCACUGGCCAACUCAGUCCAGGGUCAGUGGUGGAAUGUACCAGUCACAGCAUUCGUUCCUGACUCACACGUUAGGAAGAAACUAUCACAAAGCUUAUAACAACAGACCUACAGAGUUCAGCAGGUCCAGAAUCAAUGUUCACCACAGAGAGAGAGAACCAAGUGGGAGAGAUCGACUCGCACAAUGGACUUGGGGUACUAACCAGCACCAGAACCCAGAUGGCGGCACUCUUAAUGGCUACAGCUCAGGGUGUGGAGGACGCAUUUCCAAUAAUCAGUCUCCAAGGGUGAGGAAAAGUAUUGAUGAGAUGGACAAAAAUCAUGGAUGCACUUACCAGCAGCAGCGCCCUCCACAUGAAGACCGAUGGAGUCCAGUGUCUCCAUCCAGACCAUUACAAAGUCUCUCUCUAAAACGGCCCGCCCACCGAAACACAUCUCCAUCGAGAGACGACUGUCCUAGCAAGAGGAGUAAAAAUAGCAGCUUACAUCAGGAGCUUCUUUUAAGAACAAAGCACCCUAUGGACCAUUCCCCUCUGUCCCAUCUCCCUAAGAGCCCACCAUACCACAGUGCUGCCCUCUGGAGUCAGUCAAACAAAAGAGGGUCUACUUCAGGAUUUCAGAUCAAACACCAAGAGUCCAAUCAGUCCAAAGGCAGAGAUCACUCAUACAGGAUCCACCCUGAUCCCUUGUCUACCCUCGGCAUCCCUGACCAUGCCAUCCACAGCUCAAAGUCUCUAAAACUGGGCCACCUCCGCCCUCACAAUCACCAAACCCGUGAUCACCCUGGCCCUCAUGGAACUUUACCAGCAAACCUCACCAGAGUGCCUUAUAGCUCCCAGCACCAGCCUCAAGAGGGCACAUCCAGGCACCCAGUACCUCAAGCCAACAACAGCUCACCAACUCCAGUCUGGAAAACAGAAAGACAAAGCAGAGAAUUCAGGCAUUCUAGUCCAGGGCUGGAGGAAUCACAGAAACCGAAAGAGGGAAGGUGGCACUACAGCAUCCCAAAACACAGUCAGCCCCCAUGUAACUCUGAAGGCAGAAGCGUCCGACAUAUCAAUGGCUCUGGUAGACCGAUGUCUCCAAGCCCGGAACCUGGGUCCAGCUUUCAGAAGCUGGAAGAAAAAAAGAGAAAGCAUUCUAGACACCGUAGUCCUUCAACCUACACCCAGCACAACUUCUCUAACCACGGCACCCAGGAGAACCCAAUCCAUCGAGUGGACCACAGCUUGCUAAAAAAACACAUAAAAGCCAAGAAAAGACACAAAGAGCGAGAGAAAAGAAAAGAAAGAAAAGGGGAGGAGGGGGUGAGUGAACAGAAAGAGAGGAUGAAGCGAAAACUUGAAGCAAAAAGAAAGAAAAAGGAGAGGGAGGAAAGAAAAGGCCAUCGGGAAAGGAAAGGGGAACAUAGAAAAGUUGAGAUGGGGCUAGAAAAGGCUGGAAGAAAAGCGAAAGAUGAGAGGAAAAGAGAAAGAAAAGCAGAGACGGAUGGUCUCAAGAAAAAAAAGAAGGAUUAUUUAAGCAGAAAAAUGUCCCCUCAGACUCCCUCUGACUCUAUUUGUAAAAGUCCUGAUUCAGCCUUCUUUGAGUCCUCAUCGGCAGCUCUCUCAGACACAUCACUGUGUAUUUAUGAAUACACAAAGCAUGGAGAAGACGAGAACAAGUGCACCUCAGAUUUUUCACAGACCUUAGAGUCAAUUCCACUCACUUCUUACCCCUUAGCCAAUGAGAAACCUUUGCUUCAAUCUCCAAAUGAAAUUGUUUGUGAAGCAACCUCAGAAAAUAGCAAGCCUCUGCCAUCCCCUGGGCUUGCAAGUCCAGUUACCACUUUUGAAACUCAAGACCAGCUUGACCAGGAGAUCUUUAUCCCCAUCUCUCCUGCUAGCACUGAACAGGAGUUGUUGGAUCCCUUCAGUGGUUUAGAAAAAAAUGUUUCUCAGCUUGAAGAAAGGCAACAUCUUGCUCCAAAUCUUCUACCUGCACACAGCACCUGUAUUGAGAACCACCUGCUACUGGAUCCUUCAGCCAGCCCCCCUGUGCUGAGUUGGCAAGGCUCCCCUGUUUCAGACCUCAGUGAAGAAGAGGAUGAUGUGGCAGGUGCCAGCAUACCUGGAGUAAUGAGAAGGCCAGUGCUUCAGCCCAGUCCCACUCAUUCCUCUCCAAUCCAGGACCUAGAAGAAGCUUGGAAAGAACCAGAUUUUUUACUGGAUCUGGACAAAUGUCACCAUGAACUGUCCAAACCUGAUCACAUUGCUAAAUCUUCUGAUGUUGUCAAAGAGAAUAAGGAUGAAGAAUUCAAGGAGGAGCAAGACAACAGUGGCACAGCAAGCUCUCAGGUAUCCUGCCUGCAUCAGUUUGAUGACACCUCAGCCACAGACUCAGCAACGAAUGCUCAUAGGUACAUCUAUAGGGGUGGCCCCUUUGGUCAGCCACCACCCAACAAACUGGAUGGGGUAAAAUACUCUUCCUUAGUCUUUCUGGAUUCAGAGAUAGGCUCUGCAGAGGAGCACAGCCCAGAUUUUACAUCGUCAACUGAUGUGACUACAAUAGUCACUUCCUUGACUGACCUUCCAUCAUUGAGUACUACCUCAGAUUUACCUUCAGAUCAACGUGAGGGCAGUGAGAAGGCAAAAGAAGGUGAAGCAGAUGACAUUAAUGCUCAGGAGAAUGAAGACACAAUUGAAAAUGUAGAUCUUUCUAAAGAACCUGUUUCUGUCACUUUUGAGAAGGAUGAAGAGUUAAAGAAAACACCAGCAACCUUGUUGCCUGCUACUGUGCAGGCUAAAUUGGCCCACAGCUGUGAAGUUCUGCUGAACCAAAGUUCCAGUACUGUCCUCUCAUCAGAUGUAAGAAACAAAAAGAAAACCAGAGGAGACCCUAAAACCAAGCUAGAGAGAAAGAAGAAAAAACAGGAGCAAGCUAGGAGCAGGAAGACAGAGAGACAAAAGAACCCAAAAAGAAAGCAUGACUCAAAAAAGCAAAGCAAAGCCAUAUCAAAAGAACCAAACUCCAAAGAGCGAAGAAACCAUAAAAAUAAGAAAGUGAAGAUGGAGAGUGGGACACAGCAUUGCUCCUCAUCUAGUGUCCAUGCCGAGAAGAGCGGCAAGUUUAGGACCAAAAUGGCGACAACAAACAGCAAAGAAGCUAACAGCAUGAUUGAUAAGAAAAAGGAAAAUGAAGAUAAAGAGAGUGCCAAUCCUAAAGAAGAGACCAAAAAUAAGGGUGCAAAAAAAGCCAAAACACUAGCAAACUCCAAGACCUCCUCCAGCGCAGAAAUCUCUAUUACAGCUUCAUCCUCACAGCAGAGCACUGCAGACCUAAUAAAAUUGCAAGCUCUGUCUCCUAUACCUCUGAAAACACUGAAGAUCCACCUGGUUAGGGUUGAUGUCACUGGGAGGCAGAUGUUCAGAGCCUCUGAGUUUGAGCUGAGGAGUAUACCGCUCGAGGAAAUCAGCAUCACCAACACAGCAGCACAGAUCAUUAAAGCCUGCAAAGAGACGGAUAUAAAGGGGAAAUUCCACGAGUCCUACCUGUUGCCAUCUCUCUCUGUAAAACCUGUAUUAAACAAGGAGCCAAUCCCCAGAGAGAAGCUUAACCCUCCAACACCCAGCAUCUACCUUGAGAGUAAGAGAGAUGCUUUUUCUCCAGUCUUGCUGCAUUUCUGCACUGAUCCCAAAAACCCAGUUACUGUGAUUAGAGGCCUGGCAGGGUCACUAAGACUCAAUCUGGGUUUGUUCUCCACUAAGUCUCUGGUGGAGGCAAAUAGUGAUCAUGCAGUGGAGGUCAGGACUCAGGUGCAGCAGCCAGCUGAUGAGAACUGGAACACCACUGGUUCAGCAAAAGCCUGGCCAUGUGAGAGCAGCAGAUCACACACCACCAUUUCCAAAUACGCUCAGUACCAGGCCUCCAGCUUUCAAGAGAGCUUGCAGGAAGAGAAGGACAGUGAGGAUGAAGAUGAAGAAGAAAAUAAAGAGACUUUAUCCAGUAACCCAUCCAGCUCAAACAGCUCGGAGCAAAAACCCACCAGCAAAGCCAUUAAAUUUGGAACCAACAUUGACCUUUCAGAUCCAAAAAGGUGGAAGUCUCAGCUACAGGAGUUGUUGAAGUUGCCAGUGUUCAUGCGUGUUUCCUCCCCCGAGAACAUGCUCAGUCAUGUUGGCCACACCAUCCUUGGCAUGAACACUGUACAGUUGUACAUGAAGGUCCCGGGCAGUCGUACACCAGGCCACCAGGAGAACAACAACUUCUCCUCAGUAAACAUAAACAUUGGUCCUGGUGAUUGUGAGUGGUUCGCUGUACAUGAACAUUACUGGCAGGCCAUCAGUGAGUUCUGUGAGAAAAAUGGAGUGGACUAUCUGACGGGUUCCUGGUGGCCAGUUCUGGAAGAUCUUUAUAGCGCCAACAUCCCGGUGUAUCGUUUUAUUCAGCGUCCUGGAGAUUUAGUGUGGAUUAAUGCAGGCACUGUGCACUGGGUUCAGGCUGUUGGAUGGUGCAACAACAUUGCUUGGAAUGUGGGACCAGUGAAUUCCUAUCAGUAUCAACUAGCUCUGGAACGUUUUGAGUGGAACGAGGUCAAAGGGGUCAAAUCUAUUGUUCCCAUGAUCCACGUCUCCUGGAACGUGGCCCGUACAAUCAAAGUAGCCGACUCCAGCACUUACAAAAUGAUCAGGUAUUGUCUUCUACAGUCCAUAAAACACAUCCAGAUCCUGAGAGACCAACUAGUAGCCGAGGGAAAGAAGAUUAGCUAUCAGAGUCGAGUGAAGGAUGAGCCAGCAUACUACUGCAAUGAAUGUGACGUGGAGGUGUUUAACCUGCUCUUCAUCACCAGUGAGGGCAGCAGCAAGAAGAUGUACGUGGUUCACUGUGAGAAUUGUGCUCGUAAGCGCAGUCCCACCCUCAACGGAGUCGUUAUACUUCAACAGUACAGAAUGGAUGAGCUGAUGAACUUCUAUGAUAACUUCAGCCUGGCAUCAGCGCCAUGUUCAAAAUGAAUCUGAGAUGUUUGAUGUCACAGCCAUAACCAAAUCUCCUGCUUGCUCCUCAGCAGCAGUGCCAACUGUCAGUUCCUUCUGGAUUUAUAUUAAUUUCUUUUUCCAAUUAUUUUUAUUUUUAUUUUUUUAUUUUUAUAGAACCACUACUGUGGACUCUCUUAUCAACAAGCUGUUUAUAACACUGUUUACAGAAUCUCAUCAGCAGGUGCUUCAUCCAUUCACUCGUCUUCCCAUUUACCAGCUACUGCAGUUAUAGCACUAUUACUACGCUGUUAUUACAAUGUUACUAUGUUGUUAUAGCGCUGAUAUGAUGCUCAGAGGUCAGAAUGGCAAAAGAAGUGCCAGACACACUGGUGCACACUGAACUUGAGGGCAUAAUGUGAACUGUGUUAUUAUUAAAAUUCGACACACUGCUGUGAUCGUUCACAAUCGUUGAACGUGUCAAUCAUUCAGGUACUGUUCACGUUUACAUUUAUGCAAAAGUUUUCAACAGUAGAAUUAUUCGGCGUUUCUGGUGCUUUUAUAUAGACUUGACACACACACGCCACGGCAUUACAAAAUGAUAUUUACUACAACGCUAAUCUUUCUAAAUGCUGUUUGAAUACAGAUCUAGGUGCUAUUGUGGGUGCUAUUGUUUUAACUUUUCAAUUUUUGUUCUUAUUUUUCAAAGGUUUUCAAACUGAAAAAAAACUUUGUAAACACCGUUUUGGCCUUGACGUAUUGACAUACACCAAGGCAAGCUGCAUUUAUAAUUAAUAAUCAACAUAAUCAGCAUUUUUCUCAGAGCAUUAAGGAUUUUCAAAAAUAUACGGGUUGAAAAUAUUUGGUUGUAUUCGUCCAGAAAACCUUGUGAGUGUUUUUGUAUUAUUCUACAGAUUUAAAAACAAGCAUUCCUAAUCCAAGUUUUUUGUAAUUUUUUCCUCUUUUGUCAUUAUUUCAGACUAGUUGUUUGUUGUACUAUAUUUUGCAUUUGAUUUUUGAUUUGUGUUUUUGAAUUGUGCUCCUAUUUAUUCAGCUUCAGGCAUAUUUAUUAAACGUACAUGGUGCUCCUGUUAACGAGUCCAGACUUUGUAAAUGUUAUCCUGAUAAUUAAACCUUUCAGACACAAUUUACAUUGCACAAGCAGUUGUUUAAAAUUGUUUUUAUUUAUACAACUGCUAAACAAAUUCUAAUUUUUCUAUGAUUCAAAACACCUACAUAAUUUUUCUCAAAAUCUGAGCUUCCAUUGAUUAGCCAGUAUUGACCAAUCAGUGCGUUGCAUGUGUUAAAACACAUGAAUAAAUGAUACCACAGUCAUUUCAGGGUCUGAAGGGGUUAAUUGAUUGUUUUGGUGCAGUGUCAAUGUCGAGAAUGGGGUGUUUAUUUGAAAUGGUGCUUGAUCCCCCUCGGCUUGCCAUCUGUUCCUUUGUGUAUAUGAUCUAAAGAAUUAUGUAUGAAUAUUAAUAUUAUUAAUCUCACAGCUUGGUGCUUUAGAAAGAAAGAAAAAAGUCUGUACAAUCUGAAUGUCUUUUUACUGUAAUCAGAUUAAAGAGUUGGUUUUUACUUUCCAUGACAUGAAAUAUGAAAUAUUGUGCUCCGUGUGGACUGUCAUUAUGUCGCUCUUCUGUCUUUUUGAUGACUUUAUCUCACAGAUUUUGAUGACUUGUUCAUCCACAUAGAUUUUUCUCUUAUUCAAUGAUUUUACUGUAAAAAAAGAAAAAAAGAAAUGAGAUCUGAGCCAGACCUGUCUUAAACACCCGUGUGAUUUUGUGUCAUAAUUGAUUUAAUAAAUAUUAAAAUAAAUAUUAACAGGUUUAUGUUAAUUAUUUAAUUAUUUUAAGGUUUCAUAACAGAAAAAAUAAAAUUUCCUUUUAUUCA